CUGCUGAGCAACGGCAGGUAUGGAGCAGGAGCCCCUCCCUGGGCCCUUGGCACCCUCCUCUUAGGUCAACAGAAAGAGUGGGCUCUGUCGGCCGGGUUGGGACAAGGAAGAUUAAUGGAGCAGGUGCGGGCUGGGGCGGGACAAUCACCUGGCUACAGGGUGCCUCCUGGAGCCCGACCCAGGCCAAGAACCAAACCUGAUGUCACUCAGCCUGGCUCAGACUUGAUCGGAGUUUGCAAUGAAAAUAUCAUCUAUUCUGGGCCACCGCCAGGGAGGGGCACGCUCCCAUUCAGCGAGCUGGCCCAGAGCUGUGAAGCUAUUCAGGCCUCCCAGCCUCCAGCCGGGCAGCUGCGGUUCCCUGACAAUGCACUCCUUCGCCUCUGCCCCACCAUCACGCCUAGCUCGGAAGUGGCCUUGACAGGGCCAGGGCUGGGGGACUGGAUUCUGAGGCUCCAAGAUCACCACCACCCAUCCCACAAGUAG